AUGGUGCGUAAAACCCAAACGAAAUCACCUGGCAAAAAAUCAAGAAAAAGUGACCCCGACAUUUCGAGAAGCGAUGUGAUGUUUACGUCGUACUCAGAGACCUCUGUCCACAAGCGAAACCUAUGCAUCGUUUCCUUCCCGAUUAUUUUUCUGUUCAACAUUUUGCGCACUUUGCUCUACCAAAUCUUUGUUAUCCUUCGUUUCGUGUAUUGUAGUUCCUCAAAUUACCUAGUAAAGAAACGUCAGUUUGAAUGUGGUGAGAGUGACCAACAAGUUGCGACUUGUGUCAUUGAAGAGAUCACCGAAAUGACGCACGUCCAGAGGGUCACAGGGCCGGGGCCCGGGGACCCCCUUCUGGCCAAGCAGAAGCACCACCACCGCCGCGCCUUCGAGUACAUCUCCAAGGCGCUCAAGAUCGAUGAAGAGAACGAAGGUCAGAAGGACUUGGCCAUCGAGUUGUAUAGGAAAGGCAUCACGGAGCUGGAACUGGGGAUCGCGGUGCAGUGCUGGGGCGGCCGGGGCGAGGUGUGGGAGCGGGCCCAGCGCCUCCACGAAAAAAUGAAAACCAAUCUUGCCAUGGCCAAGGACAGGCUGCAGUUUUUGGAAAGCAUGGAUAUGUUACAUCGACAGGAUGUUCAAAAAGAACCAAAAGAGGCUCCUAAACUUAGCUACACUACCAAUAUUCCUACUCCCAAACUUUGUUUUAACAAAGCUUCCGGCAAGAAACUCUCCGUGGCCAGUAAGCGCCCCCCGAACGCGACCCUGGCCAAAAGCCAAACCUUGCCCCGUUCGAUGGGUUCCCGGACAGCCCCUAUUCAGCCCGUCCGCCCUUUUAACAAGCUCUCGUCGACUCCUCCUGCCGUCAAAAAGCAACUCUCGGUGCCGGGCACCGCCGGUUCUCCCGCUCGCAAAACAACAGCCUCACUAGCAACUCCGAGUAAAUCGACGUCACGGGGCGGCAAAUCACCCAAUUUACGAGGCGUCGACACAAAACUAGCUCAAUGCAUCCUUGACGAGAUCGUCGAAGGCGGCCUCCAGGUGCAAUGGGAGGACAUCAUCGGUCAAGACGCCGCCAAACAAGCGCUGCAAGAAAUGGUGAUCUUGCCGUCGCUGCGGCCUGAACUGUUCACGGGGCUGCGCACCCCCGCGCGGGGGCUGCUCCUGUUCGGGCCCCCAGGCAACGGGAAGACGUUGCUAGCGAGGGCUGUGGCCACCGAAUGUCGGGCGACGUUUUUCUCAAUCAGUGCCGCCAGUCUCACUUCGAAGUACGUGGGCGAAGGGGAGAAAAUGGUGCGGGCUUUGUUCGCAAUCGCCCGGGAGUUGCAACCGUCGAUUAUUUUCAUCGACGAAGUCGAUUCGCUCCUCUCCGAACGCUCCAACAACGAGCAUGAGGCUAGCCGCAGGUUGAAGACCGAAUUUCUGGUCGAGUUCGACGGACUGCCGAGUAACCCCGACAGCGAGCGGGUCGUGGUGAUGGCGGCGACCAACCGCCCCCAGGAACUGGACGAAGCCGCUCUCCGAAGGUUCCCGAAGCGCGUCUACGUCACGCUCCCCGAUCUCGAAACGCGAAUUCGAUUGUUUAAGAUGUUGUUGGCAAAACAGGGUUGUUCACUUACGCAACAGGAACUGAAACGACUGGCCACUCUUACUGAAGGAUACUCGGCUAGUGAUUUAACAGCUCUGGCCAAGGAUGCCGCGCUGGGACCAAUCAGGGAGCUGCAGCCGGAGCAAGUGAAGGAGAUGGAUCCCAGUGCGCUGAGGAGCAUCACUAUAAAUGAUUUUCUGGAUUCGCUGAAACGGAUCAGGAGGAGUGUGUCGCCGCAGAGCUUGGUGGCGUACGAGAAGUGGUCGUUGCAGUACGGAGAUAUGUCUAUUUAAUCAUUCCGCUUUUACUUUGGUGACUUUCGUUUUAAUCUGUGAUAUUAUGGUGUUUUUGAUUGAAAAUUCGCUGCCUGUUGAUUUUGUUGACUUGUUUUAGUACAAAAGGGAGGGAGUUUCUCUUUUUAUUUGAGCCGAAAUGACGUAUUAAAAUAUUGAAGUAAUGUAGUUAGACUAGGAGUGUUUUUAGAGUUUGUGUUUACUAGCACGUUUUUUAUUACUUGAUUUAACAUUGUUUUGUGGUUGUUCACUUGGACCGUAACAAAAGUGUCUCAAUUCAGACGUUGCUUUUUCCAUGACGUUUGUAAUCUUAUUGGUAUAAUAAAAGUAAAUUGAAAGAA